AUGCUUCGAUAUCUAACACGACCUGAGGACAAACGGGAAUGGCUGAAGAACGAUGACUCAUGUGUGAUAACCCUAGAACGAGGUCAACCGGAUACCACCAGCACGCCGAAGCUGGCCGAUUUGGAACAUGUCGUUCAGCCGCACCGCUUUGCAGGAACGCCGAGCAUCCUGGGACGAGGAACCUACGGAGUAGUUACGUUGAUGAAACAUAAGCAUACCGGAAAACUAUAUGCCGUUAAGACUGUAAGUACUGCCACUCAUGUGUGGGAGCACUCAUGUGUGGGAGCACUCAUGUGUGGGAGCACUCAUGUGUGGGAGCACUCAUGUGUGGUAAUUACUGAUGUGUGGCGAGCACUGAUGUUUGGCUAG